AUGUACUUAUUUAUUCUUUUGUAUUUUCCACAGGAAUACCCUCCAUACAAGGAUUAUAUCCGAGCCAUUUCCUUCCUUACAGGAUAUCUGAUUGUGCCAAAGGAUACGUCAUCAUGUACCCUCACAUACGUCUCACAGUCAGAUCCAAAAGGUCGUUUGCCAAGCUGGGUGGUGAAUAAAACAACUCAGAUCCUUGCUCCAAAGGUGGUCACUCGAAUGAAACAAGCUUGCAAAAACUAUGUAGCCUGGAAGCAAAAGAAUCGACCAUUUUACCGACCAUGGAUUUUCCCAGAACAGAGUACACUGCCUCGUCUCCAAAUGUUACAUAUCAAAGACUUUUCAAGCCAAGAAACGCGCGAAAUUGUCGAUGAAACCUCUCUUUGUAGAAAAACAAACAUUGGAGGUCAUAUGACACUGUAUUUCUCUUGUUUCGCUUCUAUCUAUCUAUCUAUCUAUCUAUCUAUCUAUCUAUCUAUCUAUCUAUCUGCUAGCACUGUUUCUUUAGCUAAUCAAUCUAUAUCUCAUUGA